AUGAAGGGCUAUGGUCAAGGGGCUGCGCAGAGCUUAGUGAUCCAUCGCAGGCUGACCAGAGCUAGCGAGCUGAGAGGUAAUGUGGGCACAGCAGGAGAGAAGGCAAAAUGGGCUUAGCAACAAAUAUCAGAAGUCUGCAUCAGGAGAAACUGGAUUGUGCAAUAUGUGAAUUAUGUAGGUCAAGGAAUUGGCAUUUAUUAUUUUACAUAAUUCUGCUCCUAGUAGCCAUGGGUAAGGAUGAAGAAGCUUUGUCCCCUAAGCUACUAGCAAUCUCUUCAGUGCACUUUUGUGUUCCUCCCUAUUAGCAUAAACUAUAGUUUGCUGCAAUGUCUGAAUCAGCAAGUUGUGUAGCGCUAAACUACGAUCAGAAACCCACCUGAUUCUACUAACAAUAGUUUGCUAAUUUGGGUAGGAUUGCUUCUUGCCAAAGGGAAGAAGCACUUGCCACUGGCGAGUUAAAUUGUGGUUGACUGAUUACAUGGAAAGCAAAAAGUCAGUCCAGACAAAAGAACUAACAGCAGGGUUGUAGGACAGGCAACAGCCUUGGUCAAAGACUCUAAAUAUAGCCAGGUAAUAUGGAUCCCGAUUACAGUUGUGAAGUGGGGAGAAGCCUGAGGAAUACAAAUUCUGCAGGACUUAGUUGUUUGUUGAAGGCAAAGCAAGGCUGAAAUUUCCAUUUGAAGGCUCUGCCAAGCCAAGAGGAUUUGCCUGGGAUGUGUUGUCUAUCAGAGAAUUCCUGCUUUAUACUUUGUUAACAAGAACAAUUGAUUUUUUUGCACUAGAGCAAAGCGAGACAAUGAGGUUUAAGGGCUUUAUGUGUUUUGAACUCUGGGGGAUUUUGUUGUUGUUGAGAGAGAAGAUCUGAUCUGGGAAGCAGUGAUCUGUAAAUCAGCCCAGGUGACUUUGUGUGGGAGAUGAAUGCAUCUCACACCCUUAUGCCUAAAUGUCUCUACCCUCACCCCAACCCAAUCUUUUUAAUACUCCCUACAUCUUCACCUGAAGUGAGCAUGUGCCCAAAUAGAUCUGAAAAAGACAGCUGAAAUUCUUUUGUGAGGAAGCACCUUCAUUCUUCACUGUUCUUUAAUAUCAUCCUCAAAAGUGAAAAAGAGGCCCUUUGAAAACAUUGGAUCUGAAGAACUAUGGCCAAAGGGAAGUAGUCACUAGUACUCUUCCUGCAGCCCUGUAACAGGCUCAGUUUUUAUUUUAAGUAUAUAAACGUAUUUAUAUAUGCCCUCUUGUAAAAGAAUCAGGGUGGCACACAGGAACAUAAAAAACCCUUAAAAGCAAUAUAGAUCAAUCAUUAAAAUUAUUCAAGAAAAUUUUAGACAACUGCAUAGGCCUCUUGGCAUAAAAAAGUCUUUGAGAGAUUCCUGAAAGAAGGGUUGCACAAGCAGAAAAUUCAUUUUGGAAUUUAAGUUGCCUUUGUCUCUCACAGUGCUCUCUAAGCACAAGGUGUAAAGCAGUUCUGCGCAUACAAGGGCACCUUUGGAUCCAGCCCAUUAAGUCACAGUCCAUGUGAUCAUAAAGUAAAUGAAUAAAUAUGUUCUGCCCCCACCCGGGUUUUUUCUUUCCUAUUCUAAAUUUUCAAAGUCAAUUCUGUACUUCUGAGGUACAUGAGCUCUUAGUUCCUAAGUUGUUUCUGUUGUUUGUUGCUCAUUCCUCCGGGAACAAGGAGGAUUUUACUGGGGAUUGGUCUUUAUUUGAGGAUCCAUAAAUGCGGCAGUGGUGAUCCAUGUGUAUUAUAUUUUAUAUGUCUGACACUUGUAAUUAUUUUGUCAGUAUAAUUUGGUUUGUUCAUUUCAUUUAAUAAAAAAUGUUGAAGCUCAAGGGAAAAAUGUGAAUGCUAGCAUUCUAAACAAAUUGGCAAGCUGCCCAGAAAUACCUCAGCAGCUAUAAGUACACUUCCCGACCCCACACUCAAAAUAUAUUAGGCCCUCCCAUUCUCUAGGGCAGCUUCUGUGACAGAUAUUUCUUUUUAGUAAGAGUGGCGCACUCUGUCAUUUUAGUGCAUCCUUCUGUUUGUAUUCAGGUCCUUGCCCUCACCUGCCCUCAGCACUCAGAAGUUGUUACUAAUACUGUGAGCCAGAGAUCAGACAGGGAUAUAUUCUAGAGGAAUAUUUCUCCCUUCUCACUCUCUUCUUGAAUUCCUACUGAUUCAAGCACUUGGGGAAUUUUCAAAUCUUCCUUUUGAGAAAGCAAACACAAAUGCUCUCCCCCACCUUCCCCCUGAAUAAAUUGUGUGGGUGGAAGUGGGGGGUUGGUGGAAGACACACACACACACACACACACACACACACACGUACGUUUUAAUUAACCCAAUAACUGUCCUGCCUCUCUUGCAAUCCUAAAAUUAUCUUCAUCCUCCUGGCAGCAUGUUAUCACUGCAUUUUCAGACAAUUCUCUUGCUUCUUCCAGUUCUCAGGCUUUGUCACCAGCUUGCCAGAUUUUGUAUCUGCUUUUGCUUUAUCACCAAAUUGUCCAAGCCAGCUCUGCAAGACCCUUGGACACACAAAUUUUGAAGAGGUUCCCCCCAAGGUAGUUUGUUGGUACAUGUGACCUUGGCACCAUCUAGAAUAAUCCCUUUAUGAGUUUUACUUUUAAAGUUAUAAAAUUAAUAAUAUAAUUAAUAAUUUAGAAAAUAAUAAUACAUACAAUACAAUACUAAUUUAGAAAAUUGCUGGAAAUCAGCAAGAAGCAAAAGAACAAAAUCUAUCAGAAUGUAGUUACCGUAUUUUUCGCCCUAUAGGACGCAAUUUUUCCCCUCCAAAAAUGAGGGGGAAAUGUGUGUGCAUCCUAUGGGGCGAAUGCAGGCUUUCGCUGAAGCCUGGAGAGCAAGAGGGGUCAGUGCACACCGACCCCUCUCGCUCUCCAGGCUUCAGGAAGCUAUCCGCAAGCCUGGGAAGUUCCCGCCGGGCUCCCAAGGCUUGCGGAUAGCAGCCUGCAUCCCAAAGUCUGGGGUGCGCUGAGAAGUGCGCCCCGGGCUUCGGGCAGAUAUCUGCAAGCCUGGGGAGCCUGGCGGGAUAGCAGCCUGCAUCCCGAAGCCUGGGGCUUCGGGCAGAUAUCCGCAAGCCUGGGGAGCCCAGAAGGAGUUCCCGCCGGGCUCCCUAGGCUUGCAGAUAGCAACCUGUUCUGGGGGCUGGGGUCGGGGGAAGCUCGGGCUUCCCCCGCGCCUGGGGGGAAAAUAAAUUUUUUUUCUUUAUUUCCCCCCAAAAAAACUAGGGGCGCCCCAUGGGCCGGUGCGCCCUAUAGGGCGAAAAAUACGGUAAUUUUGAAGGACUUAUGCUUUUGUAGAAAUUCUCAGCUUUUUUUUGCCCCAGCUAUGUAUUUCAUUCCUCACUCCCCAUCCCCUGCAUGUUGGAGCAGUGUUUUUGCCCCUCCCACAUCUGAUAACACUGGGAUUCUGUGCUUAUACAGAGCUCUUAUGCACAUCCCCAUUCACAUCAUUGGAAAGAAGAGCUCUAUGCCUAGAACUGGCCCUUGCACUGAAGUGAAUGGGAGAACUAUGAGAGUUUUGAAACUCCCACAUCUGCAGCGAACAGUGGAAUUGGCUUCCAGUUUGUUUCUGGGCUCAGUUAAAAAUUUUGGUUUUGAUCUGUAAAUCCUUAAAUGCUCUGGGUCCAUGAUAUCUCGAAAAGUAGCUUCUUCUAUCAGAACCUACCUGAAUAAUUGAGCAAUCAUUGGAGAGCCUACUCUGUCUCCCCCUGCUUUCAGAGGUGUGGCUGAUGAGCAUGGUGGACAGGGUCUUCUCAGCUGUGGCACCAAAGCUAUGGAAUGUCCCCCUGAGGGAGGUUUACUUGCCCUUUCAGCAGGAUAUGAAAGCCUUUUUAUAGUCAUUUCAAACUUUUUAUUUUAAUGUGCUGAAUUGUCUUCAGAUUUUUGAACUAUUUAUUAUUUCAUUUCAUUUUUAUCACAUCUUUCCUAUACAUGAUCUGCCCCCAUUUGAUCCUUGCAACAACCCAGUUUUCUUUUUAAUUUUACUUGUCUUUAUUUGUGUUUUUAUAAAUUCAUGUUAGCAGCUUUGAUUACCUCUUAGAUAGCAAGAUAGAAAUAAUUGGAGAUAAAAACCAAAUAAACUGUGUACCCUAAUUCAAAUAGACUAGGGUGAGUAACAAACUCUGUAUGGUGCCCUGCUUGGAAUCAUUUCUUUUCUGGUUUACAGUCAGAUUAAAACACAAGUCUCUAGCUCUCAUGCUUGUGGAAACAAGUUUUUAAAAUAUGGUGUCAACACAAGGAAGCAAUUACAAAUAAGCUGAAAUUCACAGUAGGUCUCCAUUUGUCAAUGCCUGACUCAUAUUUUUCACAUUAGUGGCAGACGAGCCUUCUUGAAUAUAAAUGCUAUAGAAUAAAUGUAACACCCACCAAUUGUUUAUGAUGCCUGCCAUGCCAUUGAAGAUAGUAUGCAAAUUACAUUAAUUACAUGCAUCUGAAAUAUGCAGAUUAGUUGUGGUUGCUGCCUGGUGACAUGUGUUCUGACAUAGCCGACAGUGCCAAAUUAACACCAACCUACUAAAUUUCUAGGAAUCAUCUCAGCAAUUAAUUUGCUGUCCUCUUAUGGUACAUAUAUUACUGCAAAAAGCAAGACUCAUCUUGACAUUCUGCAGACUUUCCCCCCUACUACAUUACCUUUUUCUGUUCCUGUACAUUUCCUAGCCUGUUGUUUGAAUUUGGGAAGAAUCUUUACCCUUCUUCUUGUCUUCUAAGGUUGGCUUUCAAUUUCACAGACUAAUCGCUAGAAAGAACAAAAGACCAAAGUUUGGAAGAGCCACCCUUCCUCAAAGAAAUAGUGCCACCUUCAGAAGUUCUCAGCUGAACCUCUGGAUGCCCUUUGGUGUUGAGUAUUUUUAGUCUUUGGUUUUCUGAGUUCCUGUGCAAGGAAGUGUAACAGGGCGGUCACAGGAAGGCAACAUUUUACUUCUAAAACAAGUUGUUGGAGGCAGGGAGUGAACCAUCAGAAGUCAUCUGAAAGACCUGCUUUAAUCCCAGAUGCAUGUGAGCUGAUUGUGAAGGGUGAGGCGAGAGCUUUCUGCACAUACUCAGAGAUGCUCUCCCUUCUGGCACAAAGAGGAAAACCUGUGCCAUAGUAACUGGACAGUGCUCAGUAUCUUCAUGACCUGUGGAAUUUGGCUUCCUGAGAAUCUUAGCAAAUGUCUGGAAGUAUAAAGGGUUUGUAAGUAGCUGGCUCUACCUAAUCUGAGUCUGCAUGUUUUGACUGUUGCUUCCUCUGUUGUAUCUGUGGGGCCAGUUCUAAUCAUCAGCCGACUUGAGCUAAACAUGAACUGCUAGUAGCAGCGGUGUAACAUGAGAGUGAGAUCAUGACACCUCUUCCCUUCACUGGGAAAUUGCAAAUUCCAAUUUGCUUUUAAGUCUGCUACCAAGCUAACACGGCUGAUUUGGGAAAUAUGUAAAGUAGUAGUGGUGUUAACUUUGAAUUCUCACCUUUGUUAUUACUUUGGUAGGACAGUUGCAGGAUGAAUCCAGAAUAACAGAACACUUUUUUAAAAAAAGUCAGAUAAUCUGGAUUAUAAAGGCACCUGCGGUUGCUACAUGGCAUUAAACUGCAAGCUAUAAUUUUUGGUUCUUGAGAGGAUUGCCUAGCAGGCCUAGCGCUGAGGUGGGGGAUAGAGGGAGGGAAUCAAAACUCAAACUGGACACCUCAUCUGAAAUCCAGUUCCUUUUUGUUUGUAUGAAGAAAGAGGAUAACAUAUUCUAUUGCUCCUGUUUUUGUUCUGUGAAUAUACCUGUUUCCCUGUUACGUUCCUGUAGGUUGGCUUGUUUAUAGAUCAGAAAUGUUUUUCAUGGCUGUGAUUUCUAGUAUUGACAUUUGCUAGGGAGCUUAAGGCGGUAUUUAUUUAUUUAAUGUUUUAAAAUAUAUGUCCUGCUCUACUAGGCCUAUGCCUUAUUCAGGGUGGCUUUCAACAAUGUAAACUUCAGAAGCUGCAGCAGGAGGAAAAUGUGGUCUGCACCAUACAUUAUUGUAUUGCUUUGUAUUGCUUAAUGUUUCCAUACUAUGUUUAAGUGUAUGAGGUGCUUCACGGGUGCUAUCUAGUUGUAAUUAUUCCAGUGAUCAUGUGUGGCAGGGGUUCUUAACUUUAGGUCCACGUUCACUUAGAAGAUUUUUCCCCCCAGAGUUCACAAAUACUAUUUUCUUCCUGUUACUUUGACAAUUGGCUUUGUGGAUGGGGCAGGGGGGGAUUUCAUAGCUUUAAUCAGAUUCUUGAAGGGGUCUUUGGCACAAAAAAGGUUAAGAACCACUGCUGUAAGGUAAGUCCAUGAUUCCCUGCAUUGCAGAUGGAAGGAGAGGCUUGAGAAUGGCUUGCCUCAGGCCACCCAGUGAGUCGUAUGACAUAGUCAGGAUUCAAACCAGGGACUUCUUGAUUUAUAGCUCAGUCCCUUAGCCGCAUUGCUACCACUAGCACUCUGUAUGGCCUUCUCACUCUAAUAUUUUAACUAACCAUCAGUGAAUUUAAUACAGGAAAGACAGGGGCACAAGUUCGGCAUGCCCAUUAAUUUCAAUGGCUUUACUCUGAGUAUGACUAAUCUUGGAUGCAAGCCAGAAUUAGAAUCUGGACUUUUGCAAAACUAAGGAAGGGCAGCUUGUUUGGGUCAUAACUCCUGGCCUUGUCCAAAGCACUGACCCUUGGAGGGACACACACACACCCCCCAAGCUGCCACCAAUACUUCUGUUUGUAAUGGUGUAAAACAGACUUCCUCAGCCUUACUGGUUGAGACUGGUGGAAGGGCCCCGGAUUGGGGAAGGUUGACCUAAAAUGUUAGGUUUGAAUCACAGGAGCAUUUGAUGCCUGCUGUACCCUGCCAGCUAUGAUUGACAUCAAGCAGAAAUAACUCUAGAGAAGCAGGGGGAUCCUGUUUUGCUGCUGUUCAUGUGAACCCGGCCAAAGGAAUGGAUCAAGUUGGGGGAGGCUGAUUCAGUGGGCUCACCUGAUGGUCCUUGAGUCUUCUGCAGUUAGCUGGAUGUUUUAGCCACACUUCGGCUUAGGCCCUGAUGGAGGAAAGCAAACUGAGACUGUGUCCUAGCAUAACCAAGGCAGAGUGGAGUGUGCAUCUCGGGACUUCCCCUUGCCAUUCCUUCCUUGCUGCUAGUCAGACAUCAGGCAGGGUGCGCAUGGCAGGCAGCGAUGUCCUUGUAACUAGGACAGCAGCAACCCAGGGCUUGAAAAAUAAUUGGCCAGCUGGAGACAAGAGGGGAGGGAGAGGAGUCCUGUGGAAGCAGCAGAGUGAGGAGAAGGGCAAUGACAACAAGAAGGAUGAAAUGAAUGGAAGGGUGGGAGACUGCAUAACCUGAUGCCAAGUGCACAACUGGUUCACCCCUUCACCACCGCCCCCUCCAAACAGAUCACUGACUGUUGUUCUGUGAACACAAUUAAUUUCCACUGCUGAGGCUGUUCGUUUGACAAAGCACUGAAGUUUUAGGUUCAAGUCUGCAAUGGUUGGUGUGGGAGACUCCAGGCGACCUUAUGCAUCUUGCAGCAGUGUGGCUUUCUCACAAGAACAUGGGAACCUGCCUUAUACCAAGUCAGACCAUUGACUCAUCUAGCUCUGUAUUGUCUAAGUCAGGUAUCUUCAACCUUUCCAGACCCAGGACCCACUUUUAAUUCACACAUGCAUUUGGGGACCCAUUUCUUAAUCCUUUACCAUAUAUAUGCAUGGUGGUAGUUUUCCUGUUGUGGCCCUCUUUGGAUCAGGCCGUGACCCCAUUAGGGAGUUCUGACCAGUGGUUUAGGCCGACUGACAGCAGGUCUCCACGGUUUCAGACAGGAAUUUUCUCCAGUCCUAUUUGGAGAUACAGGGUAUCGAACCUGGGACCUACAGAGUCAUAGACCUUCCGCAGUCACAGACCUUCCUCAGUAUGCAGAAGGACCCAGUGUUGAUUCCUAGCAUCACCUGAUAGGCUGGGAAAGACUCAGGCCUUGAAACCCUAGAGAGCUGAUCCCCAAAAUCACCCCUCUGCUAAUGCGCACACUGAAGAAGCAGGGCUAAAAACCUUUGAAAUGUCAUUCUAUGGUUACUUUUGCUGGCCGAGAGCCCUUGUGGGGGGAGGUGGAGACAAGGAGAUAGAAUCAAGGAAGAAAAAGAUACUCUUUCCUGUGCUCUCUUGCCUCCUUCAGCUGUUUCCAUAGGGGGAAAGGGCUUGGCAAGCUAAUGGCCAAGUGGCUCGUCUUAAGGGGCCGAGUCUAGUCUGGAAAUUGCCACUUUCUGACCCCCAUAAACUGAUUUCUAGAGACAUACUGUGCAAAUUUAAGUGCAGAUUUUUUUGGUGGUAUAUAGAAAUGUUGGAAGCUGCCUUCUAGUGAGUCAGACAGCUGGUUCAAUUUAGCAUUGUCUACGUUAUGUUGACUGGCAGAGACUCUUCAGGUUUUCAGAUGAAGAUCUUUCCCACUUCCUCCAGCAAAUACUGGGAAUUGAACCCCAAACUUCUUUCCACAUGCAGAACAAGUGCUCUACCCCUGAACUACAUCCUUUUCCAAAAGAAACAGUAAAGUGAGUGGACAAUUCUGAGCCAAGGAUUAACUCUUUCACUAUCCAAGCCCUUGUCUUGGAUAUAAAUAGUUUGCAAUGGAUAGUCUGCCCAAGGUAAUUUCCUCUAUUCUUUUUAGCACUGACAAAGAAAAUGUGAAGUAGUAUUGAAUUUGGGAUCCAACAAGCCCAGAUAUUUAUACAUUUGUACUUUGAUGAUCUGAUGUUUGCUCAGAUUUCUGCUGGGCUGGCUUUUAACAACUUGAUGCUGGCUGCUAGGCAUGUUAAGUACUCUUCGACUGUGGCUACCCUAUUUCCUUCUCAGAAUGGGGGUAAAACAAAGCAGGGCAGCACUUCUUUACUUGCCCACUACAAGCAUGCCCCUAGAAGUGCGUCACUGGUAAAAGUUAGCAAUAAAGAAAAACUGCUACAGUUGGGUAAGGUAGCAGCCUGCUUACCAUGCAUGGUGAACAGCUGAUAACUUGAAAGUAUAGUUGGUUUCUUUUGCUUUGUCCUCUGAAUUGGCAAGGCAGAAGUGCAGACUUAACCAGGGCAGAUUUUGCCAUUUGUGUAAGAGAGAUUGUCUCUGCUGCUUCUUUGCAGGGCAAGGAAGGGCAGAUGCUUCCAGUUUGUCCCUCCUUGACCUAGCAAGCUCCUGUGUGUUCCAUGAGUGCAAAGAGCAGUGCAGGAAUUGCCCUGAAACAAGGGCCUGGCAGGCAAGUGGAUCUGUCGCAUGGCUUGGUAGUUAGAGUACAUGCUUUGCGUGCAGAAGGCCACCUGAUCUCAAAGGAACAUCUAGUCUGGAUCCCAUUCUGUAAGUUGGGAGUUGCCAACUUUCCUAGGCCUGUGGGCACAUGUGGAUUUUGGGAUGAAUGCUGUGAUUGCCACCCCCUCUGGACACUUCAGUAUAAUUAAUCAGAGCCUAAGAAAGUGCAUAGAACUGAAAGAGGAAGUGAGAAAGUGCUGGUAUUUUUUCCAAGGGAAGAACAUAAGUAUCCUCACCACCUCAUGAUCCAAGGGGCUGUUGUGGGGCGGGGCGGUUUCAGAGAUAUUGUAGGCAUUAGGAGAAGAACUCAGGGGCACCCUUGCCCCCAUGGGCAUGCUGUGGGUGACCCCAUGCUGUAAGUAGCAGGAAGCACACUUCCCGCUGCUCCCAUCUUACGAUGUCAAGUAAUGGUUGCCUUUCUUUCUUGUCUGUUGCAGCCACACCCACUCUUCUGGUUCUAUGGCCGCUGUGCGGGAAUGGUCCUGCACCCGCUGCACGUUCCUGAACCCCGUAGGACAGCGCCAAUGCUCCAUCUGCGAGGCCCCGCGCCAGAAGCCCGACCUCAACCAAAUCCUGCGCCUCAGUGUAGAAGAGCAGAAAUGGGCCUGCGCCCGCUGCACCUUCCGGAACUUCUUGGGCAAAGAGGCCUGCGAGGUGUGUGGCUUCACCCCUGAGCCUGGGCCUGGGGGCUCCCCGCUGCCCAUCAUCAACGGAGUCCUGCCAAAGCCCACCGCCUUGGUGGAGCCCAAGGGCACCUGCAAGGAGGAACUUCCCAAGGCCGAGAGCCCUGGUGAGGACUCUGGGGGGAAGAGCCCGGAGGAAGUGGGGCUGGAGGAUGGCUGGGCCUGCCAGCGCUGCACUCUUCACAACACCCCAAUGGCCAACUCGUGCUCGGCCUGUGGAGGCCCCCGCAAGCUCUCGCUGCCCAAGAUCCCCCCAGAGGCGCUGGUCGUCCCUGAAGUCAUUGCUCCUGCCGGCUUCCACAUAGCACCCACCACCCCUCAGCCCAGCGUUGCUACAGACAACCCCGAGAGCCAUCCCAUUGCCAACCCAGGUGCACCCACCAUUGAGCAAGAGAGCCAGAAGAUGCCAAGCUUUAGCCUUUUCUCCCCCGGCCUCCAAAACAACCCCGUUCCCCGCAGCCGCCGAGAGGUGCCCCCCCAGCUGCAGCCGCCGGUGCCUGAGACCUCCCAGCCGGCCUCCCCACCAGCACCUGUGCAGAAGGCCAUUCGCUUCCAGGAGCUGAUGGCGACAAAGCGGCUGAGCGUGCUGGAAGAAGAAAUGGAGGUGAGCCCAUCGCCCUGGAAGUGCAGCACCUGCUCCCUCCUCAACACCUCGGGAGCCGGUGCCUGUGAGGCCUGUAGCUCCCAGAAGGGAAGUGACACCAUUGACUUGACUGGCGAUUCUGUGCGCUUCACACCCUGCGGUCCAUCCAGCCCCGACUUCACCACCUGGUCCUGUUCCAAGUGCACGUUGAAGAACCCCACAGCCUCUCAGAAGUGCAAGGCCUGCGGCUCCUCCAAGCUGCAUGGCUUCCAGGAACACGGCGCACAGGGAGAGUUGGCUCUCAAAUGCCCUGAGUGUGGCUCAGACAAAGGCAGCUGCCCAUCCUGCAGCUCUAAGGCCCCCUCGGCCCGCAAAGUGGCCCGCCUCUUCCCCUCGCAGCCACCUGUCACCCCAGAAAGGCCCAGCCAGUGGCCUUGCCCAGCUUGCACGCUGCUCAAUGAGUUCAAGGCCAAGCACUGUGUCGCCUGCCACACUCCCCAGGGGUACCUGUUGCAGCGCAAGGGCGCCAAGCCACUCAGGCGCCGGGAGAGUAUGCACGUGGAGAAGCGGCGGCAGACAGAUGAAGGGGAGGCCAAAGCCCUCUGGGAAAACAUUGUCUCCUUCUGUCAAGAGGUGAGUUUCUCUUAGUGUCCUCUUGCCUGUCAUUACACCAUGGAAAAGUUUGUAUCCAAAAGAGAAGUCCUUUUUAUUUAUACAAAGUAAGUUUCCAGACCUGUGGGUACUCAGUAGACAGGCAGGAAAAGACAUAGGCAGUGCUCUUUGAAAUCUUAGAAGUUGGUGCAGAGGAGGACUGGGCAAAACUCUUGAGUUUUCAGUGUGUGAUCUCCAUGUGUUCCAUAUUUUCGUGUUCUCCGGUAGACCAAGGAGAGUGUUUGAAGAUCCUUUGAGAGCUGGUGUAGCAGCCCUAUCUGGUCUUGCUUACUACCUACUGUAUUGGCCAUUUUUUAAUACUUGAGCGCCAUCAACUAACAUUCAUUGUUUUUUAUUCGUAUCUGCUAUUGUUAUUUAGCUUUCAGUUGCACGUUUCAUAUUUACAGACUGCAUUUGUUGUCUUUGACAAAUCUUCUCAUGCUUUUAAUAUCUUUUGGAUGGGGGGGGGGAAGGAAGCACCUGAAGUGCUUAGUCUCCUUGCUCCUACUUAUGAGCUAUUAAUUUAUUGCAUUGAUAUUCUGCAUUUUCCUCCAAGGAACUCAAAGCAGCAUCAAUGGGCUCCAUUCUGAGUGGGGAUUUGAACCUGGGCCCCUAGUGAGACACUGUCAUUAACGGGCAUGCAGGCUUUCAAUGAUCAGUCAUCUUUGUGAUGUUCUGGCCCUGAAAUAAGCAGCAAUACCCAAAGCACUUUAGGAGAAUUGGGUUUAAGUUCUAUCUAGCAACUGAUCCAUGUUCAUACCAGGAAUAUUCCUCCUUCUGCCCUGGGUCAGUCCAUCCAGAGAUCGAACCCCUGAGGUGCUCUUUUAAAGAAUGCAGUGAAAGGGUGCUCAGCCCAAGGAAGAACUUCGGGAUUUCACCCUGUAUAAUUAGCAAGAACAGGUGUCCUCUGGGUCCGCUUGGCAGCCUCAGGAAAAGGCCACUCGCCACGCUCAUUAAUAACUAAUUGUGCGGUGGCUUUAAUGAUCAAGUGCUGUUUUAUUUCUGAGCGGCCUGUGGUGAUUGAAGCCACAUCAAGCGGGUGCCUGAAAUGAAAUUUAAUCGUGUUAGACUUCUGAGGGAGCAAUGCACAGGCACAGCAGGUGGCCUUCAUGCAGGGCAUCCAAAUUUCCAGCCAAAGAAUAGAGGAGGCCUUCUCUCUCCGUGUGUGUGUGUGUGUGUGUGUGUGUGUGUGAUGUUCCCUCAUUGCGUUCCCUCAAACCCUGACACACACACACACACACACACACACACACACCCCAGCUCCCAAUUCUUGCUGAAGCACAAAAUCUAUUCUCUCUCUUCCCCCAGAUUUUAUUAAUUUAUUUAAUUAAAUUUCUAUCCUGCCCUUCCUCCCAAAGGAGCUCAGGGCAGCAAACAUACAACCAGUACAGUAAUUAAAACAUCUAAAAACAAUUCCAGUAAAGAUGCAGGCUGCGAAAGAUACCUACUUCAAAGACUUGUUGGAAGAGGAAGGUCUUUGUAGGUGCUGAGAAGAACAGAUCUUCAUGUGCUGAAGUGACUUGAGGGAUUCGUUCCAAUUUUGUGUAUUAUUGGGGUGAGGGUAGUUGUGGCACAGCUCCUGUGCACUUGCUUGCUUGCUUGCUUGCUUGCAUGCAGCACUGCUAAAGUACAGUCUAUAUAUAUAUAUUUAUUUAAUUUAAGAUGUUAUUAGGCUACCCUUAGGUAAAAUUGUGAAAGCAGCAAUGAAGAAAAUAAUUUUUAAAAAUGCGUCAAUAUAAAAUCACAAUAAAUAAACACAAAAGGAAAAACAGUGUGGAGAAUAUCAGCGCGUUGUUUUUUUUUAAAGCAUAGCAGAUAAAGCUAUUUCACGUAGGCCUGGGAAAAUAAAAAUGUCUUGGGGAGGUACCAGUUAGACAAAACAAUGGAUGCCAGAUAAGCUUCUUUUGGAAGAGUGUUUUCAUACACAAGCUACUGCAGCUGAAAACUCUGUCUAGAAAAUUUCAAAGCAAUUUACUCCAAGCUCUUUCCUUACAACAGCUCUAUCAGGUAAGUCUGUGGUGCUGUCCUUCUAUUGCAGAAUGGGGCUGUGUGUGUGUGUGUGACAGGUUUGAGACUGAAAGAAAAUGUUUUGCCAAAGGCCAUCUAGCGAGUUUAUGGCAGAGGUGAGGUUCAAACAGGAGGCUUCUGAUUCUCAGCUCAGUCUUAGCCACCUGCCCUCAGGCCUAAUAUGAGUAUGAGCCCUUCAGAGGGAACAUCUUGUGCUUGCAGCUUAUCACUGUAGCAUGCACCAAGGAGUUCAAGAAUCAUGUGCCUUGAGAAACAUGUACAUGAGAAAGCCCACUCUGAGGCAGUAGACAAGUCUGUACUUUGUCCUGAGUUUGCCCGUCUUCUGCUGUGGAGGACAGAUUUGUAUUGAAGCAUCAGUAUCCAGACUCUGGAACUGGAAGCCCCAGUGGUUGGUCCCCUAAAAGAGAGGCAGUUUGUUGGCUGCCAGGGAUUUGCAUGAUGCCCACACACGCACGCACACACACACACACACACACAAUAGAUCCACACUUCUCCCCGACUUAGUCUCAGUUCUUCUCUAGCUUGCUAAUGUUCUUUCCAUGUUUCUUUGGGAAAUGCCAUCCCUUCAUCUCUGCUUCUUUCUUGGGAGAGCCUUCAGCAUUAAUCACAUUGUAAUUCAGGGACCUCAAGGGAGCAUCUGACCCCGGCGCAUGCCUUGGCAAUGGUAGCACAGCGAGCACUGAGAACAGGCUGUUGGGGCAGAAAUUUGCUGGGAGGUUUGAAGCUUGAGGGAGCUUCAGUGGCUGCUGCCUGGACACAGCAGCACAGAGGGGAAGGGAGAGAAGCCAACUGUGCAGUACAGUCCUCCUUUGCACAUUUAUUUCAAGGCAAGUCUCACUGAAUUCAAAAUGACUUCCUUCCAAAUAAGUGUGUGUAGGAUGACGACCUUUCCUCUAACUAGAAGAAAUGUAUUGCAGGAAGCCUGCAAAGCGAGGAAUCAUGGAUGCUGAUCUCCAGUUCUCUUCACAGCAGCUGAAGGGGAACAGAUCAGGUUGUCUGACUCUGACACAUUCUUUUUAAUCACUAUUUCUGAAUACGGAUACGAUCAGGGACUUUUGCAUUCUGUGACCUGAACAAACAAUGCAGAACUCAGCAUCCCAAGAAUCUCAUUCUCCACCCCCCCACUUCUAAUAAAUAAAUCAAGUUUCUAGCCCUUAUUGUUGGAGACAAGUGCAUGAACCAUGCUUAGUAAAACCGAAGAAGCCAGACAGGCUGCUAAUUUGGCUUUCCCAGUAAUCAAGCCAUAUUUCAUAGCUCUGUAGGACACCUUCUCCAUUCUUGUGCAAAGCAGAAUAUUUUGCAUAACAGCAAAUGUACACAAGUCACAUACCUGCAUUGCUUGGUACAAAACUGGGUUAUAUUGAGCUAAAAUGUCUUGCCUGCGUCACUGCAGAGCUAAGCUUGAAAAUAUGAAAACGGGGCUAUACUGGAGGAUUCAAGUAUUCAGUCACCUGCCUGGAACUGUCCCAGGUCUAAGUCUCACUGUUUAACGUAAGAAUAACCCUGCAGUUGGAUCAGAUCAAUGUCCUCUCUACUCCAGAUUCCUCUUCCCCGCAGUGGCCAACCAGAUGCCAGUGGGAAGUUCACAAACCGGGCAUGAGGGUGAUAGCCCUCUCCCUCUGCUGCUCCCCAGUAAUUGAUAUUCAGGGCAUUCUGCCUUCAUAGCAGUUGUUCCUUGGUUUUGCUUACAUGUAAAGUGGAGCUUUGACAGAUUUAAGGGGGAGAAGGGGUUGACUGUACUGGGCUACUCGCCCUGUUACUGAGCAUGCCCAGGUGCUUAACUCACUUGCCUGUUUACCUUCGUAUUUCAUCAGCUGAGGCCCCCAUGGGUGCUGAUCAAGGAAAGGAUGUUGGCAGUUUCAUCCCCUUUAGUGGGCAGAGGUAUGACUCACUGUAUGCCUGCCUCAAUGUGCAGCCUAGUCCUCAGAUAGCAGGAACUGAGAAAGACAUUGACCUGUAACUGAGAAAGACAUUGACCUGCCACCUUUUGUUCUAGCAUAUGCACAGGAAAGAAAGUUGGAAUGAACUGAAUUCCCAUCUGCACUUUACAUUUAAGGCAGUAUCAUACCACUUUAAACAGUCAUGGCUCCCCCCUCCUCCAAGAAUCCUGGGAACCAUAGUUUUAGUGUGCUAAGAGUUGUUAAGAGACCCCUUUUCCUCUCAAAAGACCUUCAUUUCCUAAAGUGAUUUGACAGUCAGUCCUUCUUCUCAGGAAACUGGGCAUUGUAGCUUUGAGGGGAAUGGGGAUCUCCUAACAACCCUCUGCUACAGUUCCCAUAUUUCUUUGGGGGAAGCUGUGACUGUUUAAAGUGGCAUAGUACUGCUCUGAGUCUAUGGUGCAGAUGGGACCUGCAUGUCUCUAAAGCAAGACUGCCAGCAUGUGUCCAACAGUUGCUGCAGGAGCCCCUGCUUUCAUGUGGAACUGAAUAUCAGUAACAAGGAUGCCCUUGGGCUUCUUAAUUUUUGUAUCUGCAGAACAAGGUCAACUUUGUGGAUGACAGUUUCCCUCCAGGGCCCAAGUCAGUUGGCUUCCCCGAAGGGGACAGUGUCCAGCAGCGAGUGAAGCAGUGGCUGAGGCCUCAUGAAAUCAACUGCAGCAUCUUCAAGGACCGUUCAGUCAAGUGGUCUGUUUUCCGGACACCUCGGCCCUCUGACAUCCUGCAAGGGCUCCUGGGAAAUUGCUGGUAAGAAUUGAGGGCAAUCAGAUUCAACUGUGACUUUUAAGGGGAAUUAAGAUAUGUGGGAACCCCAUUGCUAAUGGCCAUUGUGCACGAGCAGAGUGUGUGGUCUGGACUUGAUAGAUCCUGACACAAGAUUCUGGCAGGUGCACUUGCAGCCAGCUCAGCCGGCUUCCCAGCACAGAGUAGGAGGACACCCCAAGGCCUUUACAUUUCUACUUUCAGAGCUUUCGUUCUUUCUGCUGACUACAGAUGUUGGCUGCCCCCUGGUGGCAUGCAAGAGAGAUCUAAAAAACCAACCACCUUUCCCCAGCAAGAAUAAAGGAGCUUUCCGCCUCAGCAGGGACAGCAUGCAGAUCACUUUAGAGCUAAAAGAUGAGCUACAAAGCCAGGACCUCAAUGGAAAAGUUUCUCAUGAGCGGGACUGUACUUAGCAUGUGCACAUGUACAUCACAUUUAAAUCUUUCGAGCCCUGUGAUUUUCACAUGUUAUAAUUCAAGCAGCAUUUUUCACAGUGAUCAAUCUGCUGAGGUGCUCCAAAGGUUCAUGGGGUCAUAUUCUACAACUGUGUUUCCCAGAUCACGUUGGACUACAACUCCCAUCAUCCCUGACCAUUGACCAUGCUGGCUGUUGGGAGCUGGAGUUCAACAUAACCUGGGGGUACAAGGUUGGAUAACACUGUUAUAGAGCAUGGACAGCAUUCAUGUGGGCUGCUGGCCGGGCUUGUUGGGCCUUGCAGUACUUUCCUGCAUGCGUGCAUUACUAGGGAAGACAGGAGUGAAAAGAAAGCCUCUGGGGUCAUUCUUGCAGGCCAGUAGCAUGGCCUGCAUCACAGUUCCACAUUCCUCUGUUUAAAAUAUGAACCAUAAUAAUCUCUGUUGGAGGCUGUCAAGCUUUCAAGCCUUGAGAGAACACUUUCCACAUCAGUGUGUCUGCUAAGGAACUCUGCAUGCCUGCCACAAACCCUGACAUAGAUUCUAGACUAUAUAUUAAGGUACACGCUCGAUUUGCGCAGAAUGCUGGCCAAGUCAAAUGAAAAUAGGUGCUCCAGAAUUGCACCCAUCACUCACCUGCGGCUACACAAUGACUGAGCAAGGUAGGUUAUAGUAGACAGGCUGUCUUUCGAUUAAUCUUGUCUGUGUUUGAUGAUCAUCUUGUUGUAAUGCUCUUGUUUUAUUUUGUUCUGUUGUAAUUUGUUGUAAGAUGAUUUGGAAACCUGAAGAUGAAUCAGUCAAAUAGAUUCUCAUUGAACUCUGAUAAGCUUCUCAGGAUUCCCCAGAGGUCUGAAAGCCAUUAACACGUUGUCAUAUUGCCCCUUCCUGGUGGAAUGAUGCUAACCGGAUACCAGAAGCAAUGGGCUCUGGUUGGAGGGGUACAUACUGAUUCCUGGGGAUGGGCUGCAGUCCAUAGAUAUGGAUUAAUAAAUUGCUUACUAAAUUCAAAGGGUGGUAUAAGUGAAAGUGGGUCACCUGGUGGACUCCAGCUCCCACCAUCCCUCACUUUUGCCCAUACUGGAGGACUGCAGCUCAGUAUCACUGGAAACUGUGGGUGUCAGUAGAUGAAACCUCAGAAUCCAGUAGAAUCAGCUGUUAGGGGAAAUAUGACUCCAAUAAGGAUUUUUAAGAGUUGGAAACUUUUCAGUUAGUAGUGCCAUGUUAUGAAUUUUUUUAAAAAAUCAAUUCAUUGUGGUCUGCACACGCAAUUGGUGAAAAAUUAGCCUUUAGAGUGAUUAUUCCCUGUAGCCUAUGACUUUUUAAAUUUUGCAAUCAUGCAUCUAUUUUUAUUUUUUUAAAAAACACUUUAAAAAACACUUUCCUAGGGUAUGCUCAUUUAUUUGCCUUAGUUGUUUACCACCUAGAGAACGUCAGGUUGUUAGGCAAUAUACAAAUACUGUUAAUCAGUAAACAAACAUAAACCUAUGAAGCCCUGUUUCUCACACAUCCGGCACAGAUCAACGUUUUGAGGGGUUCAAAAACUUUGUUGGACUACAAUUCCCAUUAUUCCUGGCCACUACCCAUGCUGGAUGGGGUUGAUGGGAGCUGGAGUCCAGCAUUUGGAAGACACAUUAGCUACUCCUACCUCUAGAACAAAGAAGACCAGCCACCAGUGUAACUGCUCUUUCCAAUAUGAACUCGAUGGAUCAGUUCAGCAGACCAUGUACACACACACACACACACAGAGAGAGAGAGAGAGAGAGAGAGAGAGAGAGAGAGAGAGAGAGAGUCAUGCAUCUGAUUUUUCUAUUUUACUGUAAUUUCUUACUGAUUUUCUUUUGAAAUACUCCAACCUGCUAAUACAAAUUCAUCUGAAGAAUACCUUAUUAUAGUUCGGGGGAAGAUUUCAUUCAUCCUAAGUUUAUACACACACACACACACACACACACACACAGUCUCAGUUUGUCUGCAGUUUCUUUAUUUUGUAAGAUCAAAUUAUGUAACUUCCAAUCUGAGUAUUUUUUAAAUAGAUCCACUCAAAUUUCACUGGUGCAUGAUCUGCAUACAAAAUUGAAACAUUCUUUAUUUCUCUAGAGUCUUUAAUAAUACCUGGAGAAGUAAUAAUAUAAUCCGCCACUGAAUAUAUUUGAUUUUUCUUGGAAAAGAAAGUAUAAUUCUUAUCUUGUAUGAUGAAAAUACCUCCAAAAAUCAUCGGGUGAACGAUAGUGCAAGUCAGCUUCUCACUUUGAAGCAUAAUUCAUUGCCCCUCCUGUGCCUUGUAGAUUGUUAUUAUCUGUUGUUAAUAAUACAAAUGUUAAGUACAGUUCUUGCUUCAGAUGACACAGGAAGCUACAGUUAACUGAAAGCAGGAGUGAGUGCCAUACAGAAGGAGAGGAGGAGAGUGUGUGAGUUCAGGAGGAGACUAGGCACAUCUCAUGAAACCAUAGUCUAGAUCAGGCAUAGGCAAACUCAGCCCUCCAGAGGUUUUGAGACUACAAUUCCCAUCAUCCCUGACCACUGGUCCUGUUAGCUAGGGAUGAUGGGAGUUGUAGUCCCAAAAUAUCUGGAGGGCCGAGUUUGCCUAUGCCUGAUCUAGAAUGAUAUCUGAAUGUGGUCAUUGACUUGCUGGUGAGCAGCCUUCCCAGUAUUAACUGGCUUCAUCUGGCACCUCUUUUUCAGGUUCCUCAGUGCUCUGGCUGUGCUGGCAGAAAGGCCUGAGUUGGUGGAACGGGUCAUGAUUACACGGACCAUGUGUCCGGAGGGAGCCUAUCAGGUGCGGCUUUGCAAAGAUGGCACCUGGACCACUGUGCUGGUGGAUGACAUGCUGCCCUGUGAUGAGUGUGGCUACCUCCUCUUCUCUCAGGUGGGUGCUGGGAUUUGAUAUGGCCAGCACUAGCCAUUGCAGCAGGUGAAACCACAGAGGGGGAUAUGCCAGAGGUUGGGAACAGAGUUGCUUGAAAGUGUCUCUUUUAUAACAAACUGAGAGAUGCUGUGCUAUAUGUCCUGUAAAAGACUCUCCAUGGGGUCUCCAGCUUAGAAGUUCAUUUAGAUGGGAAAUCUGCAGCCCUCCAGAUGUUGUUUGACUGGGAAUGGCUGGGGUUGAUGGGAGUUGUAGUCCAACAACAUCUGGAGGGCCACAGAUUGACCAUCUGGUCUAGAACAAGGAGAGGGCUGAAUUCAUAAUGUGGUUUACAAGAGUGAAUGGUGGGUGCAGAAUUUAGCUUCCUGAGAAUUUCAGCUUUGAUUUUGUUUUGCUUUUUAAAAAGGUUUCUAGUUCUUAUCCUGCACAAGAAUGCUACAAAAAUAUUCGGACAAUACACACUGAAAUUUCAGGAGCCAUAGAGAGGACUGAAUAAGAUUUUAAGGGUUUGAGCGACAUGGCUGAAGUCUCCUUACUCUUCCUAUGACUUAACAAUGUCAGACUAUAUUAUGAUUAUAACAUUGAAAAAGCAGAAUAAGUUAUGCAUUUGCACUCAGUUUGCAUAAUUUAUAUAGUUGCAAAAUCCACUUUUCCUUGGCAUAGAUCUUGGAUUGCCUGGGCUCGAAGUUUUCAUUUAAUUACAUGCAGAGUACACACAACUCUAGCCAAGGGUGUCCACCCCUUGUUAACGCUUGUGCUGUAGGCGGAUAAGGUCACCCUUAGCCCAUCUGUAGCAUGCAAAUGUAUUUAAAUGCAAUUAACACAGUCUUUUAAAAGAGAAAUAAUCAAUUAUGAACUCUGAAGUUGGUCGACAGCCUUGUUUGCAGCCAUUGAUUUGUGUUCUUCUCCCCCAGGCCCAGAGGAAGCAGCUAUGGGUCGCCCUUAUUGAGAAGGCCCUGGCCAAACUCCAUGGUUCGUACUUUGCCCUCCAGGCAGGGCGCGCUAUUGAAGGCCUAGCUACGCUAACCGGCGCCCCCUGCGAGAGCCUGAUGCUGCAGGUCAGCUCCACUAACCCUCGCGAGGAGCCCAUUGACACUGACCUCAUCUGGGCCAAAAUGCUGAGUUCUAAGGAGGCUGGGUAAGACGAGGCAGGAGGGAGGGCUUUCCCCUUCAGCUGUGAGGAGCGUAAAGACUGAUUUGGCAUCUGCGGCCGGUCGGGCCGCAUCUAGACCGAGGGAAAAGUGGAAUUUCAUUGAGCUUACUGCUGUGGCUCUAGCAAAGAUAGAGAGCUAAGGCGGGCCAGUGAGGCCUGUUGCUGUAAAAUGCACCCCCUGCCUACCCUCAUCCUUAGUAAGCUGGAACGGCAGAUAGACUGCAAAUCUCAGAGUGCACUGCUCUGGUGAGCUGCCUUGGAGAGGCUAGUGUCAUGGGAUGCUUUGUGUAUCGGUCUAAAAUGCCCAUGAACACUCAGAGCUAGGUGCAGCCUGUGCCGUCAGCCCAAGAGAAAAGAGAAGCCCCAGGCUGUUCUGUUCUGUGCUUCUGCUGCAUGGACUAUUGAAUUCUCAGCUGGAGCAGUUGAGUUCCCAGGAUUUUUUUUUUGGGGGGGGGGAGGCCAUGUGCUUUAAAUGUAUGGUGUGGAUGUGACCUAAUUCAGAGCCCCUGUUAAAAGAUCAUACUGUUAAAGCCCCAACCCAAUAGUAUACGAAUGUUAGAACUCCUGCCAUUCACAGCUUUCUAUGCCUGUGUGCAAUAUUCUUCUGCAUGCAACAGCUGCUGAAUAUAGGCCGCCUCCCCACUUUGCUCCACCUGCCGAGAGUGCAAGGCUGAGCAAUUACUGCAGAGGCAGAGGAGGAGCGUGGCAGGAAGGUGGGUGAGGGUUAUGUUGCAUGUAGUCAUUGCAUGGGGAGCAGGGGGCUGGACAACCGAGUGUAAGCGGCUCAAAAGUGGUGUCACGUGCACAGUUGGGAACUGGGCAUUCCUGCAAGGAGGCUUUUGCUACCAGCUUUUAGCAGCACUGUAAAGCAUCAGCUGCAAGGCAUGUUUGCCAAAGUCCCUCCUUACUACUGAUAUGAAACAAAUCAUGAAUUAACCUAAAAACUCAGGCCCAAUCUCAUAUUUAUAUUAUUAUAUUAUAAUCAGAAACUUAGGCCUAGUCUACGCAAGCAACAGAAUCAAGUGGUAAAAAAUAUUGCCCUAAAUCAGGCUAUAGGUACAGGAUCAUAUUUCUGAUUGCUUCUGUGUGUAAAGGAAACCUUCUACAAGCAGAAAAAUAGCACAGCAAGGAGUGGAUUAGAAUAAUUUAGCCCGGCAUGCUGUUUCCUGCUGGCCCCCCAAAAUAAAUUAUUUGCAAGGAGUUUUUCCGCAACAAGGGAUUGUUAAGAAAUGACACCCUCUUCCCUCUCCCCCUUGCAGUCUGGUACAGUCCACUCUGCCAUACCAGGAUUGUGCCAUCUCAUUUUGCAGUAUGUGUAGACCAGUCCUAAAAAGCGCAAGCAAUUCCUGCAUCUGCAGUCUCUGCAUCUUGUAGUGGUAGUGGUCGUACCGCCCUUAGCCUGAUGGCAGACUAGCUUUGUGUUUCUGCAUGCCAUUAACAACCUUUCCAGCUGGGGUGAUACAUGUGGGGUGAUACAUACCUUAAGAUAACUUUAGCUCCCCAGUUAUCCUCCCAUUGACUCCUGAUGCUAAGCCAGGUAAUGUAAGCCUUGUGUUUCUCUUACCCCUCCCCACUCCCUUUUAUUUCCCAUCCUUCAGCUUUCUGAUGGGUGCAUCCUGUGGAGGAGGCAACAUGAAGGUGGAUGAUGCAGCCUACGAAAGCAUGGGCCUUCGUCCACGGCAUGCGUAUUCCAUAUUGGACGUCCGAGAUGUGCAAGGGUGCAGGUAAAAAUGGCCAAGAAAAGAUUGAUGGCUCUUGGCUAAUUAGGCAGGCUGCUUGUUUGGUUUAAAGCAGGUGUACAGGAACCUUUGUUCUUCCGGAUGUUGCUUAACUAAAACUCGUAUCAGCCCCAGAAAACAUGGCCAGUGUCCAGGAAUGAUGGGAGUUGUAGUUCAGCAACAUCUGGAGGACCAAAGGUUCACCACAUCUGAUUUAAAAUGUUGACUCGUGGAUUGUUGUUCAUUUCAACUAUCUGCCCAUAACAUCACUGUAAGGCCGUAUGGAGAUACACUAAGGAAAGAUGCAGGUAUGAGAACUAAAGAAUAUUGCAGAUCUAUUUCCCAGAAAAGAGCCGGGAGUUUAAUAUAGGGUAAGAUACUAUUACAACUUCCCCAAGAUACUGCAUCAUUGUUUGUUGAUGAAUUCUGCAAUUUCGAUUUUAUCCCACUGGAGCCAAUUCGUGACUCUUGCAAACACCGAAACAUUUUCUUAGUAAAAAUAGCAUGGCAAAGCAGAGUGCUUAGGGUGUGUUGAGAUUGGUACUUCGGUGCUCCUGCCUAGCUCUUUGCCUGCCUCCCCAGGGUGAAAUCAUUUUGAGAGGUAGGCAAAGAGGUGAAAGGGCCUCAGAAUUUCCAGAUUGCAAAGUGUGUUUUCUUGCUCCAUCUUGGCAACUGUAAUGAGACAUAGCACGGUCUGCUGGACCUUUGUGUCUGGCCAUCUGAGAGUGAGAGAGAUGAGCAUGAGCAUGAGCAGGAAAUGAUUUAAGGAAGCAUUGGAGAUUGGGGUUAAAACUGGUUAUAAACUUCAAAGCAGACCACUUCCCUGGGCCCAUCAAGCCGUGGGGAAUGAGCACCUGUCCCAAUAUGUGCUCAUCCCACCUUCUGUCUCAAAGAGGAAGCUCUGCCUCAGGAACCACCAUCCAUCUAUGCCUGACAUACUGACUAGACCUCAAAGCAGGGACAGGUUCUUUUUUCACUCCUCUGCUGACCUGUGUGCAUUUGUGUGUCAGUUAAAAGGUUGGUUUUUUACAUCACUUCUUAAUCAAACAGAAUUCCAAAGCUGUGUUGGGUGAUCUCUCUUCUUCCCAAAAGGAUGGUGUCAAAGCCUACCCUUCGUUAUCUUCAGGAAAUGUAAUCUAACUAGGUUUGCAAACUUAGUUGAUUGAUUUGUUAGAUUCAUCCAUUUAAAAAUUCUGGAUUGGUUGAGCAGGUUCUCAAUUAAUUGGGCAGGCAAAAAACAAAUUAGAAGUUCUUAUUAUAAAUGCAGAUGACAUUUGUAUUUGUUUUAAAGCGAGAAUGGCUUUUCUAGGAUGAUGCCUUUUACAGCGCAUGUAUGCAUAAUCUAAAAAUGAAGUCCACUACUAUAAUGUACUAUAAAGUCCACUAGAUAUAAUGUUUUGACACACAUUCAGAUUCAAUUGAUUGAUCAUUGAUUCAUCAACUGAAACUAAAAUAAUUAACUCAUUCGAAAAUAUUUUAGUCUGGUUCCACCCUUCAUAAAAACCGUUUAUAUCCCUGCAUACUUUAAGCAAUUUAACUUCCUGAUUUAUCUGAUUCUGUUAUUCUGGAAGAAAUGUCUCUGUUGUGGCUAUUGACGAAUGCUGCUCUGUUGUAAGCCCUCUUUAGGGUUUCUUUUUUUAAGAGCAGGCAGAGUAGAACUUCAUAACCUUAAUAAAGAAGCUCAGUUCUGUCUUACUGCUUCUUUCAGGCUCCUGCGACUCCGUAACCCCUGGGGCCGCUUCUCCUGGAACGGUAGCUGGUCUGACGAAUGGCCCCACUGGCCGGCACACUUGCGGCAUGAGCUGAUGCCCCACGGGAGCAGUGAAGGGGUCUUCUGGAUGGAGUACAGUGACUUCAUCAGGUACUGCCAAAAUUGCACAGACUGUCCUGUGUCUCUGGGUCCUUGCUCUGCUGCCUUUAGAAGCUUGGAUUUGGCUGGAAUGUGACCUCCUGGUUCUGAUGCAGAUCUAAGGCACAGACACACGUACUGCUGACUUACCAUGCUUUGCUGUGUACAAGCAGAGUGCUCAUACGCACUGCUCAUUCACUCCUGCUUUGCUCCUUCCCUGGUGUGAACAGGACAAACCAACCUGUUCCUUCUGAACCAGGGUUUGUGGUUUGCUUCUCCCUAACAAGUCAGGAUGGCUAGCCAGUUUUAAGCCAUGGUUUAUUGUUACCUUGCUGAUCAUGGCUUGUUAGGGAGAAACAAGAACUGCUGCUCUUCUCCAUUUAAAAAACAACACAGCACCUAAUGGAAAAAUAGCAUUGCUGCUCUGCAGCCCCUGUCCUUCUCGUGGGUUGUUAGUUUGAAUUUGCUUCCAGUUCUUUGGGGGCGGUGCAUUCUCCCUCUAUUGUGAUGGAGCUCACAGAAAACUAAAAGGUAAAGGUAAAGGGACUCCUGACCAUUAGGUCCAAUCGUGGCCGACUCUGGAGUUGCGGCGCUCAUCUCGCUUUAUUGGCCGAGGGAGCCGGCGUACAGCUUCCGGGUCAUCUGGCCAGCAUGACUAAGCCGCUUCUGGCAAACCAGAGCAGCGCAUGGAAAUGCCGUUUACCUUCCCGCCUAUUUAUCUACUUGCACUUUGACGUGCUUUUGAACUGCUAGGUGGGCAGGAGCAGGGACCGAGCAACGGGAGCUCACCCCGUCGCUGGGAUUUGAACCACCGACCUUCUGAUCGGCAAGUCCUAGGCUCUGUGGUUUAACCCACAGCGCCACCCGCGUCCCCACAGAAAACUAGAAUAUUUUAAAAGUGUAAGACCAGAAUCAGGCACGCCAAGCCAUUUAAUGUGGGCCUCAAGCUCCCGGCAAAAUUUGCAGCUAUGGCGCUGAAUGUGGGAACCCGAGUGCUUCAUUUCAAGCAGGUGGGAGUACUCUGGGAACAGGAACAGGAAGAAUUGCUCCUUCCAGUUUUGCAGAGCGCUCUUGACCUGUUAGCAGGAGUGGCAUGCAAGAGAACAAAGAGGCAAUUUUGCAGUGUCAAGAAGGCCGUUGCAAAGUAUGUUACUGCACAUUCCUGGAAGGAGAGGAGAAUCUUUCAGUUCAUGCUAUGAUGGGAGAAAAAUCCUCCCUCCAUCCUCCAGCUGAUUGGCACUUAUUGGUUGAGGAGCAGAUUGGAGCUUUGUCUGUGCUGGGUAUGAGAGUGGCACUACCCCCUUUUCCAUUCUGCCCUUGGUCCUCAGGUCAGAAAAGGUUUGCCACCCUAGUGUAGAGGGAAGAGAAAGAUGGACAGCAACACAGCUGUCUCUUCCACAAAAAGAUGGUCCUCCUUCUGCCACCCCCAAGAAACUGCCAUUACCAAUGAAGAUUUUACAGGGGUGCCUUGAUUGCUGUCUAAAAGAGACUCAUCUGAUCUUGGCUACAGCUGCUUCUGGGGUUGACAACUGCUUGUUCCCUUGCCCAGGUAUUUCGACUCAGUGGACAUCUGCAAACUCCAUUCAGACUGGCAUGAGGUUCGUGUGCAGGGCACCUUUCCCAACAAAGCCAGUGGACCCAUUACCGUCACCUCACUGACUGUGCUGGAGCGUGCAACUUUGGAGUUCGCCCUUUUCCAGGAAGGCAGCAGGUGAGGUCACAGAUCACACUCAUCAGCCACUGAACAAAAAUUCAAGGCUCUUGCACACUGUUUACAUCACCCUGGUUACUCUACAUUGCAUCUUGGCAAUUGUCACUUGUGCAUUGACCCCUCUUGUUUAGUCCCAUCUCCAGUUCCAGCUCAACUGUGCUAUUGAGCUGACACGUGGCAUGAUGGUGGUGGCACUGCUAUCCUCUCUCAACAUAAAAGCCAUUUCCUGCCAUUCAUCCUGCUCUAACAUGACUAAGGAACAGAAUGAAGGUUGCAGCUAUCUAGAUGGGAUAACUGUGGCUACACAGAUAGGGGCAUUAUUGUUUCUCAAUGGAACAGGUUUAGCCCCUGCCGUAAUGAUUGGCCCUGAGAACAUCCCUUUCCUUCUGUAUCAGUGAAAGGCUGCCACUUAAUACUUAUCAGGAAGGUAAAGCACUGCCGAGAAAAUCUGGUCCUCAAGCCAUGACACUGGCUCUCAUUGAAAGGUGUGGUGUUUAUAUAUGUAUAGAUAUGCACUGCCUCUCUCCCCUGUGAGUCCUUACAAUAGACAAGUCCUCUUCUCUUAUCUUCCCAUCCCUCAUAGUGAAAGGCAUUUUUUUAGCCAUUAGUUUCUGUGAUUUUCAGACUCAGUACCCACUUUUAACUGCUACAAACGGACCAAGUAAUGGGAUGUUGGGGUUUUUUUAACAUGCUCACCUGCCUGCUUUUUUCUCUCGGGUGGCCAGAUGUGUAGAAGAAAGCAGGACCCUUGUACCUAGGAAGCAUAGGAAGCUGCCUCUUAAAAAGUUUACACCAUUGAUCCAUCUAGCUUAGUGCUGUCUACACUGACUGGCAACAACCCUCCAGGGUUUCAGGCUGGGCUCUGUCUGUACCUCUGAAUAGUUGUGCAGCAAGAUGCAGCUUGUUGCCCAGGGUGUCAUUGGAGAAGCUAGGCUUUCACCAGCUAUUAAAGGAGCAGAAGGGCUACCCUCUUUUUGCCUCGGAUCCUUCUCUCUCUGCCACUAGAUAACCCUUGGGGUCCCUUCCAAAUCUACAAUUCUAUGUUUCUCUGAAGACAGAAACUCUAAACAAAGAAACGAUGGAAACGAUGGUGAGGCCACUUCUGCAAGCCACUAUUACCAAGACAGCAGUCUAGCAAGACCCAUAUUUUUGCCCCCCACCCCAUAUUGUUUGUGUUAUCCUAUUUGGUGAAAGAGAGUGGGGUACAGCGGCUUGUGCAGUGACUUCUGACUCCACUGCACUUCACAGGAAUGUAGGGAACUGCUUUAUACCAGGAGUCUAGCAAUUGGCCCAUCCAGUUCAAUGUGGUCUACAGCAACUGGCUGCAGUUUCCCACAGACUGAUUCCCAGCCCCACCAGAGAUUGGACCUGGCACUUCCUGCAUGCUUUCCCACUGAGCCAUGGCCCCUUCCCUCCUUUCCCUUGGCAGGCGCUCAGACACAGUGGACAGCCACUUGCUGGACCUUUGCAUCAUGGUCUUCCGAGCCACCUUCAUCAAUGGCAGCAAGCUCAGCCUGGGCCGCCUGAUGGCGCACAGCAAGCGGGCAGUCAAGAAGUUUGUCAACUGUGAUGUCAUGCUGGAGCCGGGCGAGUAUGCAGUGGUGUGCUGUGCCUUCAACCACUGGACUACCCCAGUGACAGGCACCUCCUCAAGCCAAGGUAAGGGUUGCGUGGCAGGGUCUCCUUCUGACUCUCCUAGGGCAGUGGGGCUGCCAGUUCCAGCAAUAGGGUUGCCUGCUGAGAGCUUGGGGAGGGGUUUAAAAAAAGUGGGGGUCACUGUUCGAAGAAAAAGCCACCUGUGUUUUCAGAACAGCUUCAAGCAACAAAGGAGUCUGUGAUCCUCCAAAAUUUGCUGGGACUGAAACUCCCUUCAUUCUUGACCAUCCUGGUGGGGACAGAUGAGAGUUGGGAGUCCCAUUUGGGGAAGGUUCCCUUCCCCAGCCUUAAUUCUCACUUGAAAUUUGCCUUCAUUGCUUAAACAUUGGCUUCUUGCAGAUUGCAGUCCUAACCCCAAUCACCUAGGAGAAAGCCCCAUUGAACUCAGUAGGACUUCCUUCUGAGCAGACAAUACCAACAAUGGAUGUAGUGAUUUGAAGCUUGUUGUCCAAGUUCUCUGAAUGCCCCUGUGUGUAGGGGGCGGGGACCAGUUUAUUUUACACUUGGGAAGGUGGGGGCUUCUCUAGAUGGCCUUUUAUGUACUUUUCUGCUUUUUACUAUUGCACAGUUCUGUACUUCCUUUCAAGAAUGCAAGUCUUGGCUUGUGUUGGAGACUAAGUACCAGGCCUGUAUUGCAAUCAGGAAGGCAGUUCAUGUUCCUAAGCUGGCCUCUGGAAAUGCUUGAGUGAGGGAAAGGCCACAUGGCAGGAUGGGUAGGGAUUCUUGGGGGUGGGGACUCCCUUGUGGACAGGGGGCCCUGCAGCCUGAUUCUGCCUCACUUGCUUAUUUCGACCUCUACCAGUUUCCAGCCCUACUACUGGCAGUGCAUGCCCAGCUGCUGACAUCUCCAGCUACAUCCUGGCGAUCUACAGCUCCCGCUUGGUGAUGGUGGAACAGAUCGAGGCUCAGUCCACCACACUGGCAGAUGCCAUCAUUCUUCUCACUGAGAACAAGGGCGAACGGCAUGAGGUACGUGCAGGCACCAGCCCCACCCGGCUGCUUCAGAGAGUCUGUUCUUUCCUCCUUCUCACUAUCAGCAUAUUGGCUACCAUCAGAGGGCAGUGAGGUGGGGAGGGCUGGACAACAACUCCCAGCAACAUCUAGAAGGCUGGGAGAGCACCAGGUUGGAGAAGGCUGGUAUCUGUUCUGACAGGCAGCAGCUCUCCAGGGUUUGCAGCAGAUAUUUUGCCCACCCCAGCUGCCUAAGAGCCUUCCUACUGGGAAAACGGUGGCCGCUUAUGGAGCGCUUUAAAGUGUUCAAACUUGCUUCACACGCACUGUCUCAGUACUGUACAUGUAAGGGCUGGGGAACCUUUUUUCAACCUGUGGGCCACAUUCCUUUCUGAGCAAUCUCCCAAGGGCCGCAUGCCAGUGGUGGGCGGGGUCAUAGUAAAUAGUGGGUGGAGCCGCAAAUGCAAACUGUCUCCGGUACUCCCACACCCCUCUCUACCCUCCCUCCAGAAAAGCAAGAGGUGUUAUCAGACUCCAAGGCAAAACACUUGGGGUGCAAAGCAGGCUCAGGUGAUGGUGGCUUGUUUAAGACCACCUACAGAGUCCAUAGCAGAUGUGAGGUUAGAGUUCCUUAAUUCCUAGCUUACUAAGCUACAUAAAAUCCUACAGCUUUCUGCAGGCAGGUGUCCUGCUGUUAGUUGGAUGGGUGGGUUUUGUGGAUGUUCUCUCUGGAAAGCAGCCAAGCACCUGCAGCUGCACAUGCGCUCCUGGGAACGCGCAUCUUCCCAAAGAGUUGGAGUGAGCCUGGGCCCCAAGUCUUGGAGGUUGGGACUCUGUAUUGCCAUGCGGGGGUGAGGUGGAGGGAGGCAGGAUUCGCUGGUCUGGGGCCGAGACUGACUGGCUGGUUUGCUUCCGCAGGGGCGCGAGGGGAUGACUUGCUACUACCUGACACAUGGCUGGGCAGGUCUCAUUGUGGUGGUGGAGAACCGGCACCCUAAAUCCUACCUGCACGUCCAGUGCGACUGCACAGACAGCUUCAACGUUGUGUCGACACGAGGCAGCCUCAAAACACAGGACAGUGUGCCCCCUCUGCACAGGUGAGAGGGAGCUAGUGGGGGGCUGAGAAAACUGGAUUUAACUUCCCGCUGGUGUGCUUAAGUUGUAGAAUUGCCACGUGUGGGGGAAUGAAGCUGUUUGCCGCCUUGUAGAAUGUAAGGGGGAGGGACACCCUCUCUCCUCAACUGACAAGUCCAGGUGCCUUCACUGUUUUUCAACCAAUUUUGAGAAGUUCAAGGGGCAGCACUGGGAGGGAGAAGUAGAUCCCACUGAAACCACUACUAAAAUGGAGACUCCACCCCAUCCUGAUUUGGACAGUAAUUUCAAUAGAAACCUCUUCCCCUUUCUGAAGCAAGGCACACCCACACCACCCAUCAUGUGAUGGGCAAUAGGAGCAUGCCUUCAUCCAUCUCGCCUUAAGCUCCUGAUUGGUCCUUCGAUGAUUUAUUAAAUUUGUAUACUGCCCUUCAUCCAUAGAUAUAAAAAACACAAAAUACACAAUAAAAAUAAGAACAAAAACAAUGGAUGGAUGAUAUCACUUGUAGGCUGGAUGGGCAUUGCCUGUCCCAAAUGACUGUAGGCCAGAUGGUGAGGCCUGGUGGGCCACAUUUGACCUGUGUGCUGGAAGUUUUGCACCUCUGCUCUUCACCUAGUUAAGAGAUCUGGAAUGUUAAGUCUGCACCAGGCCAGAAUUGAUCCCAGAGAUUGUUUGUGUAUUGGAAGCCUUUGGGGAAUCUGCGACCUUCCUGCGUGAUGAAAGGGCUACUUGGAAAGCCAGGGGGCUGUUGCCCAAUUAGAACUGUAUUCCUACCAUUGCUCUUGGGCCUUCCUUUGUGGCUGUAGACUCGCAGGUGUGAGGUUUAGCACUAUUUUCCUCUCUCUUUCACUGACCUGUCUAUCUCCUUUCUUUUUGUUUUCUUCCAGGCAGGUUCUAGUGAUUCUGUCCCAGCUGGAAGGCAACGCCGGUUUCUCCAUCACCCACCGCCUGGCACAUCGCAAAGCCACCCAGGCCUUUCUGAAUGACUGGAUGUCGACCAAGGGGACGCACAAUCCGCUGCUGACGCCCGAGGUGGCGGGGCUACAUGGGCCCCGGCCGCUAUGA